AUGGCGCAAAAAGCACGCAAAGAUAGAGCCAAAGCCAAUGCGGCAGCUCUCACAAAUCUCCACAUCGGCACCCUCGUCAUCAACCUACUUUUUGUGCUAUUUCAUUUCUUGCUUAGGAAACGCUCCUUGCUACUCUAUUUCGUCUUAUCGAUCCCCAGCUUCGUCUGCGAGUAUGUCUUGGAGUCAUCCGGACGCCCCAAAUACGAUCCAUCAACGAAGGCCCUGCAGAAUGCUGGUGAGGAUCUAUCUGCCCCUGGCCUCACCGACUACAUGUUCGAUGUUAUCUGGGUAACCUGGGCCUCGGUGAUAUUUACCAUGCUGUUUGGUAAUUGGGGGUGGCUCCUCUGGUCCGUUGUGCCUGCUUAUGGGGCCUUCAAAGGUUAUAGCCUCUUUGGUGCAGCUCGGGGAAUGGCCGGCAUGCAAGGUGGACAGCCGGAUAAUUCUGUGCCUGUGGCAGGUAACAGAAAACAAAGACGAGCAGCAUGA